AUGAGCAAAGUGAUACAGGAACCACCGUGGCACUGCCGUCACGACAACACUCCCGAUCGUCACGAUUAUCAUUUUUUAUCAGCCACGAGCACGCGUGGCGCACGAAACGUCGCGGCCGCCGCGUGUGUCCGGAUAUAGGGGAUGAAAAACAAAACGCGCGGACUCGGAAAACGACGAUUAUCGCGACGAUGAGACGUCGAACGACGUUCGGUACUACUUGUUUGCGUCUGUGCUCGUGAUUAAGUUUUUUAUUACGCGUAGUGGCCGGCCAGCUGACACGAUGCACGGGAAGUGGUUCGGACUGGACAGGAUUACCGGAUGAUCGUGACUAUCGGUUUUGCAACUCACAAAAUCACCAUGGCAUCGAAGAAGACGAGGCAAAAUCAUUCUAUACAGCACUUACUCGAGUUGCCAACCAACAGAGAGACAAAAUUGCCGCUAUAUUCUGCGAAGGAGACGAUCCAAACGCCACUCAUUCCAACCCCUAGACAGGUCCCGAUAACCGUGCUGCAUCCCUCCCCAAAAAAGUUAUACCUGAGCAAAACGCGGCAGAGUGGCCUUUCAAACGAUCUACAGCUGAGUCUCUCACGAACGGUCAGUCCAACUGUACGUCAACAAGAGUCGACCCUCGCAAGGCGGGACUAUCCCCGCCAAAUCAUGAACAAGGUGAAUGAUCGAGUCAGGUCGCCAGGAACAUCACGAUGUUUAACCACCACGAUGUCUCUGUCAAUUUCACCUUCGAGUCCUGAGGAACCCGUCACGCUGGUGGAACUGACCAGCGUGCCGGGUGGCCAGAAUGCGAUGGCUCAUCUCAAAAAACGUAAGCUGGAAGCAGAAUCUGUCAACCCGAAUCCUAAGCAACCGCAGCAGCAACAACAGCAACAGCAGCCGUUUCAGCAACAGCAACCGUUGAUCAACAGGAAGGGUGCACAAGCGACCAUUCCACAAGAAAUGGAGACAGCUGAUGCUGCUGCCAAACGAAGGAGGAAAAGUGUACGGGACGACGAGACGCGAAAGUCGUUGGACGCGAACGAUUUGAGCAAGACCAUACCGUUGCCGCAAAAGAAACGAGCGUUCGCGGCUGGCAAUUGUGGCAGCCCCGCGCGAAAGUCCAGCAAGCAUUCGGAGGAGCCCGAAGACGACGAGACUCUCAUCAGGGAGACCGAGGCAGCGUUGAAAAGUUUGUCGGGAAGCUGGCCUGGGCCCCGAGGAUCCCUUUAUCAGAGAGGUAAUUCGGACGAGGACAAGUACGAAUCGAAUUUCGAGAAUCUGUUCGAAGAGAAGAAGGAGAAUCCGAAGCUGUCGCCGUCGUCGAUGUCCAACUCCUCGACCGCGAGCAACGAGGCUGGGUGCUCGUUGAAAGAUGUGAUAACGUUCCGCGGUCAACAAGACAGAAACAGCAAAACUCAGCAACAGCUGAGACAGUUGGACUCCGGCAAGCAACAAUUGCACCCUGCCAAAGUUAAGAAAGAUCUCGAACAUUUCCUUAAAUCGGAACACGACAGCGUCGGCGUUCACAGCCAAGUAAACAAUUCAAAUCCCAACGAGCCGGGUAAGAUCAGACCAGUGCCGGUGAGGUCUUUGUCGAGCAAGGAUCGAAACGACAGGAACAUGGUCGGCGCGCACGUGGACCCUCAAGGUCGCCAAAGCGACAAGUAUUCCAGAUACGAUCCGCCAGACUUCAACGAAUUGGUAGACGAUUCGUCGAACGAGCUGGAGAUCGACAUGUCGGAUCCAGCCACCGAGAAAGACGACGUGGACAGGGACAAGAUGAAUGACAGGGACAGGGAUCGGACAUGCAGGAACGGUCAAUCGCCGCAGAACGCCGCGAGACACCAGCAACACCAGCAACACCAACUAUACGCGAACUACCAUAGACAGUACAGUGAAAACAAUAUGAAGGUUCUGCCAACGGCGACCACGACCUCUUCCACGUCAUCGCCGCCCUCGAAUUCCCCGUUCUCGGCGACCUCGGCGUUUAGACCACCCAACACAGACCACGCGAAGGGAACUGGUCGAGGUACACCGUCAGUGGCCGUUCCAUCCGCGUCGAUUCCACCUAUCGGCCCGUAUCCAGCAUCGGCCACGUUCGUUGGUUACCCGACCCCUGGUCCAGGACCCACGAUGCCCACCCCGCAACCUGUUACGGGGAUCGCGCCCACCACGGAGGACAAGCAUCCCUCCACGGUUUCGUUGCUUCAGCUGAAAUCGUCGAAAGAGGAGACCCACCACGUGACCAGGCACGAGGUGACACCGAAUCCCGUGACCAGCAGCAAGAGUCCAACCGGUGGUCUGUCAGCGGUGACCAGUCCCGACUCGUCGAAACAGUACACGAUUCUUCAGCCAGCUGGAGUUGGUUCUCGAGCUGCCAGUGCCCUCCAGGACAUAGCUAGAGAAGGGGUAGUCAGUGUCACGGCCGUGAGCAGUUGCACCACCGCGAACGGAAACUCGACGAACGGUAGCAGCGGGAAUAACGCUGGGAACUGUGGCAGCAACGUUCCCAGCAAAACGACGAACAGCAACAGUGGUGGUAACACGAGCAACAACGCUAACACAACCGCGAACGGAAGCAACGUGGCUAGCAUCACCAUUACCGCCGUGUCCACCACUACGACGACGUCCAGUCCCACGACCGGCGGCGACGUGUCGUCCGGAAGUGGAACAGGUCAGCAAGAGAAUGUCAUGAAAAUGCCGGAGAGGUCCGGAGGGACGUUCGACGGGAGCAGGCCAGGAAUGUCCAUGUCUCCGUCCAGUCUCGGCAGAGAGGGCAACAAGUGCCCGACCCCAGGCUGCACGGGGCAGGGUCACGUGACCGGACUCUACUCACACCACCGCAGCCUCUCCGGAUGUCCAAGGAAGGAUAAACUGACGCCAGAAAUUCUGGCGAUGCAUGAGACUAUUUUGAAAUGCCCGACGCCUGGUUGCAACGGCCGUGGCCAUGUCAGCUCGAACCGGAACACGCACAGGAGCCUGUCCGGAUGUCCCAUUGCCGCGGCCAAUAAGCAGGCCGCACGCGAAGCACGACACAAGGCUCAAGUGUCCGGUAUCCCUCCCGAGUACAUAAGCACGAACCUGUUGCCGCCGUCGAUGGAUAGCAAGAGCUACUCCCAGUACGGCUCCACGGCGCAGGACACAAAGCCUGUGCUAAACAGCCUGACCUACGACUACUACACGACAACGAAAAGCGCGGGGAUCAACGUAAAACCGCCGAAAACACCGGAGGAGAGCCCUUCGUCCCGUACCACUAAAGUGAUCCCUAAAACCGAGAACAUGACACCGAGCGGCAGUUGCUGCAACACGUUGCCGACCAGAGGCCAGAACACGUCCGAUUUGUUGGUGCCCAAGACGGAAGAGACCGGUUCCUGUCGCGUCAACUCGCCGCCACCGCCACCACCGCCCACUGUACGACCCACCUACGAUUCCUACAUGAAUCAAGACUCGAACUCCUCGUCGAUGUCGUCGCUGGACGCGAUGGGCUCCAGGGGAUCCAUAGGGGCGACGAUACAUCACCCGAGUCAGCACCCGACUCACCACGUGCUGCCCAUGCAGCCCACGGUCGCCUACCCGAUGCCAAUGGUCGAGGACACGAGGAUGAGUCAUCAGAUGUCCCAGAGAUCGCCGUACGAGCCGUCAGCCAUGAUGGCAGCGGCGGCGGCGGCUGCUGCGGCGGCCACCACCAGCGAGGACCUCUAUCAUCACAGGACAGCCGAGCACGCGAGAGCCUACAUGCACCCUGGAGCGAGUAAUAUCGCUCGACCAGUCGUCUCCUACUCCAACGAGAUAGCGAACGCGAGGGGCUACGAGAACGCGGUUGCCAGCGCUGCCAACCAUCGACCGUACGAUCCUGGCACCACUUCCGCCUACGACAGAUACGACACCCAGAGCUGCGCGCCCAUUCAGUCCCAGCAGCAACAGCAGCAGCAACAACAGCAACAACAGCAGCAGCAGUUGCACUCGAGGACGAACAUGUACUAUCUCGGACAGACCGGAAUGACCCCUGAAGAGCAGGAACGCGUGUAUCAUCAAGAGGCUGCGGCCGCGGCUCAGCAGCAUCAGAUGGCGAUGGCUGCCGCGACGGCUGCUGGGAUGAUGAAGACAGAAGAUGCGAUGGAAAUGUUCACUGUUGCAGUGAAGUGUGUCACGGUGGCGCAGGUGCAGCAAAUGCAGAAGCCCGGGGGUCCACCGACCUCGCCAGGGGGCUCGGUGAUGGACUUGUCCACUUCCAGCGUCACGUCUACGAGUCCGCAGGCGCCCCCGUACGGCUCUAAUAGCCUAAGCCCCCAGUACGGCGGUGGUCAGACCGUGGGCGGCAGUCCGCAAGCUGCGGCGAGUCCUCACUUGACUGCGAGUCCUCAGGUUCCCAGCCCGCAGGGGCAGACCCUCGAUCUCAGCGUCAACAGGCUUCACAGCGGAGCACCUAGUCCCCAGUAUCCAACCGGUCACGGAGAAGCCGUGGCGGUUCCAGUUGGACCAGGAUUCCCAGCUCCGAGACCAAUCGAGGAGCAAACAGAGCCUGUGGACUUCUCGACGGCGAACGAGCCGGUCAAUUUCAGCGGGGGUCCUGGAAUCAGGCCUGUACCAGGGUUUCCGCCACCCGGGGUGCACGUCGCGGCGUACAGUCGAGAGAGCACCCCCGACAGUGGAGGUUCCCACUACAUGGACGCCUACCGUGAUCCCACUGGGUAUGGACCAAUGAGCCCGCACCCUGGCUACGGAAUGACAGGCGUUCAGCCUGAAUACCCUGGAAACACUUACACCCCCUACCCUACCGCUGGCUACAAUUGCGGUGGAACUUAUCCCGGAGGCCCCGUUACUUCCGGUUACCAAAUCCCGGCAGGAUACACGCCGACACCCUGCUACAGCAUGCCGCCCCCGCAGCACACGGUCGGGCCUCUCGAUAAACCCUCGGGUAAAGACGAUAGUCUCUCCGGUUGCCCGCGGGCCGAUAGAUCCCAGAUCCAAGCGCAUUCCCAAGAGCUGAAGUGCCCUACGCCAGGGUGCGACGGGUCUGGACACGUCACCGGGAACUAUUCGUCUCACAGAAGUUUGUCCGGUUGUCCACGGGCUAACAAACCGAAGAGCAAGCCGCGAGAUGGACAGGACUCUGAACCAUUAAGAUGUCCGAUCCCUGGUUGCGACGGGUCUGGCCAUGCCACUGGCAAAUUCUUGUCGCACCGCAGCGCAUCUGGCUGCCCCAUUGCCAACAGGAACAAGAUGCGAGUGCUGGAGUCAGGCGGAACGGUGGAACAGCACAAGGCAGCGGUCGCAGCGGCGACGGCGAUGAAGUUCGAGGGUGUCAAUUGUCCCACGCCAGGUUGCGACGGGGUCGGGCACAUAAACGGGUCGUUUGCGACGCACAGGUCCCUCUCGGGUUGUCCUGUAGCUGGACACGCGGUGAAGAAGCCGAAGUUCGAGGACAUGUCGAGCAUGUACAGCAAAGGAAUCGCCGGAGUGGACACCAGUGGUCCGGCUCACGGGGGUGCGGUGGGUACGGGUCAGGGUAACACGAGUGGUAGCGGUACCGCCACUGGUCAGGGCGAGGAUCUCUACACACUGGAGGCAGAGAUAACGGAGCUCCAGAGAGAGAACGCUCGGGUCGAAUCGCAGGUGCUGCGCCUGCGCUCCGAUAUCACCGCCAUGGAGAAUCAGCUGAAGCAAGGUGAAAAGGAAACAACGACGAUCUCCCAGCGGAACAACAACCUGACCGAGUACUAUCAGUCGCUGCGCGACAACAUGAUAACGCUGCUGGAGCACGUGCGAAUACCCAACACCCCGGGCGGACCGCAGGAGAAGAUGGGCCACGAGAACUUCGACAGUUACCUAACGAAGCUGCAAACCUUGUGCACCGCCGACGGCUACUGCACGGAUGAGGCGAACAGACCGAUUUACGAGACGGUGAAGACCGCGCUUCAGGACUUCACGGUCCUACCGACACCCAUCUGAGACCAUCCUUAAAGCUCAAUGAUAGGAUGCAACGCUGGCUGGACACGCUUGACCCAGUGAUCCAGCGUUGUGUCGAACAAUCUACUAAAUAAGAACACGGUUCGCGUGGUUGCCGAUUGGACACACUGUGCGUCGAACAGGAACGAUUAACGACGAAACGUGUGCUAAGUAUAUGUCAGAGGAAGUUACUCUUCCUCCUUACGAGGGAAUUCCGAUCGACGGGAAGACUAGGGUGCCUCAUGCUCGAAGGUACGCCAAAGACAAUGUUUUUACGAAUUACCCAGGUGAUCUGCCUGCGCGACAGGCGAAGAUGGUGCUUUAGGCCACCGAUGAACUGUAUAGACUGUUAGUAAAUGUUACAACGGUAUCUAAGCAUCCCCUUCGAUGGUAAAAAUCGAGGGUGAUUCUCGCGGACUGACGUUGCUCAUAGCGAUAUCUCUUUUUGUACAUAAACGAACCUUGUACCGCGUAAGUAUUAAGGCCGGCAGCGAAGACCGCGCAGUCAUCAUGUAAAUAGGAGGAGAAAGCAUUUAUAUUAUUCGAGGGGACGUUGAACGUGGUCGGUCUCGGCGACGAGACGGUGUAAAAACGGAUAAUGGCCAGCGAUAAUCAGAGGAUCCAGCUUAGAUGUAUAUCGAGAGUAAAGAAAAAAGCAAAAAAAGAAAACAAAACGUAUCGCUCUUACCCAGUGUAUAACUGUUACUACUCGUUAAGCAAUCAACGUUUAAGUCUAAACGAUGGACGAUGGAGACCGCUGAGACGCUGCUUUCUGCUGAACCGACGGCUAAUUAAUUAUGAAUUACUAUUGCGUAAUCAUUACCUGCUAGAUACUAUUAUUACUACUAUUGUCACUGUUACAACCACCGAGAUCGUUUCUAGGAUUAAUCCAAGUCAUUAUUAUUGCUACCACUAACUCUUAUUACUGUUUGAUAUAGGAUAUAGCGACGAGUAUACCGACGCAUUUAUAUUAUCAACGAGGCUACGAACGGUGCAACACAUUUUGUCCAUAGGGUGUACAUAGUCGCAGAGAGAUACGAAUGUCACGUGGGCGAUCGGAUGCGCGCGAAGAUGUCUGGCAUGUAUCGAUACGUGGGACACGCUUGCCGAUCGCUCGCGCGACCUUCCGUUGGGAUAUAUGUCGAUCGUGAAACACGGUGUAUUUAUCGAAGUUCAGAAUGGUGGCGGACGCGAUUAAUCUCGUCGUGAAUUAAUUAACAAUUUCGCAGCCGGCGAUACCAGCGAGAUAAACAUUCGGUAGCAGGUGUUACAAAUUUUUAAAUUAAAAGAACAGAUGGAAUAGAAAAUUGUGGAUGUUAUUCUUUGCCUAUAUUGUAAUAUGAGAAAGUACAUUAAUACCAGACGAUUAAUCAUUCUGUUAACAAAAUGAUCUGAACAUGUCGACGAUUAAAUUAUAAACAAAAAAUAAGCACGUGAUAUCGUAGUAUAUCUAUAUCGAAAAGGACAUUUUGUUUAUAUUUAUCUAUUCCCUAUCUAAAAACAAGUAAACAUUUAACAUAUAUUAAAACAUAGAAUGAUAUUCGUAAAUAUAAAUUCCACAAAUACAAGAUCAUAUUAAUAAAUAUGUAUUUUAUGAACACAAACUUACGUCAGCUACGGAUUUAAAAACACCGCGAAAAUCACGUCGUCGGCUGCGAAUUAAUUAAUCGGGACGAACGAUACGCUCGUUCGCGUGUGCAAUAGAUUUUUCGUCUUUCAGUUUGUUUUUCCGUGGAAGAAAUCUCGAGGCAGCGGUGAUACGCGCGCAAUGGCUGCAUCGGCGCGCAGUUGUUAUUAUAUUUUCCGUUGACGCAAUUUUACAAUCUCCGUACAGAAUAAGUUGGACGUUUUUAAUGAAUUGUAAAAUACGCGAGGGACUGAGUGUAAAUAUUUAACGCGUUGCGAAGCGACUGGAGCGAGAAUAUCGUCUGCCUCUUUGACGCUCUUGCGAUGGCGGGUAGAGUGUCGAACGAGAGAUAAGUUUGACAAAACACGCGCGUACAAUGCGCGUACGGUUCGUUUCUGGUAUCGACAAGUAUACGAAACAAAAUACGAAACAAUGAAAAACGAUGCGAUGGUCAGUGCGAAUUUCUUCGCGCGAGAGAUGACAGGAGGCGGAGAGGGGCUCAACGAGGCAGAGAUAUCGAAGGCGAGCAGUGCUUAUUAUUUUACAGACUGAUGUGAUUUUUCGUCGCAGUUAUUGGAACGGGAGUGUAUAUAUAUAAUUGAAACGAACGGGG